AUGCUUUCUGAGAACACAACUAUCCUGAUGGCAAAUGGUGAAAUUAAAGAUAUAGCAAAUGUCACUGUUAACUCUUUUGUUAUGUGCACAGAUGGCUCUGCCGCCCGCGUUGAAAACGUCACACAGAGUUACCAGAAAAUUUAUAAUAUUCAGCAAAAAACAAAGCACAGAGCUUUUGAAGGUGAACCUGGGAGGUUAGACCCUAGACGUAGAACAGUUUAUCAGCGCCUUGCCUUUCAAUGCACUGCAGGCCAUAAAUUAUCAGUUAGGGUACCUACUAAACCAUUGUUGGAAAAAAGUGGUAGAAAUGCCACGAAAUAUAAAGUGAGAUGGAGAAACCUACAGCAAUGUCAGACAAUGGACGGAAGAAUAAUAACAGUUCCAAAAAACCAUCACAAGACAUUUCCGAUGACUGUAGAUGGCGAAUAUGCGGCGAAGCGCUUUAUAGAAGAAAUGGAGCGCUCAAAAGGAGAUUAUUUCAACUUUGAUAUUGAAGUCAGAGAUUUAGACUACCUGGAUGCUCAAUUGAGAAUUUCCAGUUGCAUACGUUUCAGUCCCGUUGUCACAGGAAAUGGAGUUCUAUCUAAAUUUCUCACAGGAUGCAACGACCUUGUGACUCCUGCCGUGAAAAGUAUGGCUUGGAUGCUGGGUUUAUGGCUAGGUGACGGUACAACAAAGGAACCAGAGAUCUCAGUAGAUAGUUUGGACCCUAAACUAAUGGAGAGUUUAAGAGAACAUGCUAAAACUUGGGGUCUCUACCUCACAGUCUGUGAUGAUCAUAGCCCUCUGCGUGCCAAACACGUAAGACUUCAUUAUGGCGAUGGUCCAGGUGAAAACAAGAAGACUAGGAAUUUAAGGAAAAAUAACCCAUUUUGGAAAGCUGUCACCACUUUGAAAUUUAAAAGGGAUCUUGAUGGAGAAAAGCAGAUUCCGGAAUUUAUGUACGGUGAGCAUAUAGAAGUUCGUGAGGCAUUCUUGGCCGGCUUGAUUGAUUCAGAUGGAUACGUCGUGAAAAAGGGCGAAGGUCCAGAAUCUUAUAAGAUAGCGAUUCAAACUGUUUACUCAUCUAUUAUGGACGGAAUUGUUCAUAUUUCAAGGUCUCUUGGAAUGUCUGCCACUGUGACAACCAGAUCAGCUAGGGAGGAGAUUAUUGAAGGAAGAAAAGUCCAAUGUCAAUUUACGUAUGAUUGUAAUGUUGCUGGAGGAACAACAUUACAAAACGUUUUGUCAUAUUGCCGAAGUGGUCAUAAAACAAGGGAAGCUCCCAUAACUGUGAAAAGAAAUCCUGUAUAUUUUGGGUUCACAGAUGAUUUUCAAGGUGAGGGUACCGUAUAUGGCCUUGUCAUAGAGGGCCAUAAGAAUUAUUUGCUAGGUAAUAAAAUAGAAGUGAAAUCAUGUGGUGGCUGUUGUGUGGGUGAACAACUUAAAAUAUCACAAAGGAAAAAUUUGAAGCACUGUAUUGCCUGCCCAAGAAAGGGAAUUAAAUAUUUUUAUAAAGAUUGGAGUGGUAAAAAUCGAGUAUGUGCUAGAUGUUAUGGAAGAUACAAGUUCAGUGGUCAUCACUGUAUAAAUUGCAAGUACGUACCCGAGGCACGUGAAGUGAAAAAGGCAAAGGAUAAAGGUGAGAAAUUGGGUAUAACUCCUGAAGGCUUGCCAGUUAAAGGGCCAGAAUGUUUGAAAUGUGGUGGAAUUCUACAGUUUGAUGCUGUCCGUGGGCCACAUAAGAGUUGUAGUACUAAUGCUGGGGUUAGAAUUUGUUAG